GCGAGACAGGCCUCGGUGCGGCGUUGUAGACAACAACUCUCAUUGUUUGGGCGGAUAGUAGCUUGUCAGUAUAUCCAUACGCUUUGGCUGAACGAACAAGCGGUAACUCAUUUCCGGGUUUUAGGACUUCUAUUUAUGGGUGUGAGCGGAAACCGGAGCCGAACAGGCAAACAACACGAUUAUUCCGAGGGCGAUGAUGAUUACCAUUACUUGGUCGUCAGAUUUAUUGAUGGAGGAUGGGGGGGUAUGCUGCUGCUGUUGUUAGGCUAUAGUAAAUAGUAGUAUACGGUCACUCAAUCCACAACUGCAGCUCUUGCAACAAAUUAUCAUGCAAACCUCGCUAUCAAGUGAGCAAUUGACAGAGUAGGCUAUUAGUUCGACUGGGACUGGUACCGUGACCUUUUUACCAAGUGGUUGCAGAAAGAGCGCGUGGGAGGUGGGGAAAGGAGUCGUCCGCAAAUUUUCUUUGAGGAGCUCAUUUUCACCAUAUUGCGACAACAUGGAGUCUCAGACACAGUACAUCCGAGAGGAGAUCAACAGCACGAUCUGGGAAGUGCCGGAGAAGUACACGCGAUUGAAGCAAAUUGGGACAGGGGCGUACGGUUCCGUUUGCUCGGUAAUAAAUGUAAAGACCAAUGAGAAAGUGGCCAUUAAGAAGCUUCAUCGGCCCUUCCAGUCUGAGAUUUUUGCGAAGAGGGCCUAUCGGGAACUUCGACUGCUCAAGCACAUGAAACAUGAAAAUGUGAUAGGGCUUCUGGAUGUGUUUACGCCUGCUGCUGGGCUCGAUGACUUCACAGAUUUCUACCUGGUGAUGCCUUACAUGUUCACCGACCUCUCCAAAGUCAAAGGGCUUCUCACUGAAGACAGAGUGCAGUUCCUUGUCUAUCAGAUGCUGUGUGGACUAAGGUACAUUCACAAAGCUGGCAUCAUCCACAGGGACCUGAAGCCUGGUAACUUGGCUGUCAAUCAAGACUGUGAAUUAAAGAUCCUGGACUUUGGUCUUGCUCGCCAUGCCGAGGCAGAGAUGACGGGCUAUGUUGUGACCCGCUGGUACCGGGCACCAGAGGUCAUUCUAAACUGGAUGCACUACACCCAGACUGUGGACAUCUGGUCUGUGGGCUGUAUCAUGGGAGAGAUGAUCAAUGGGAAGACCCUUUUUAAAGGGAAAGACUACAUGGAUCAGCUGACUCAGAUCAUGAGAGUAACUGGAGUACCCGGACCUGACUUCAUUCAGAAACUGGACAGUCAGGAGGCAAAAAGCUAUGUGCGGUCCCUCCCUCACUUUCCCAGAAAAGACUUCUCUAAGUUGUUCCCCAGAGCAGGUGCACAUGCGAUUGACCUUCUUGAGAAGAUGCUGGUUCUGGAUGGUGAGACUCGGCCUACUGCAGAGAGUGCUCUGACACACCCGUAUUUUGAUGGCUUGAGAGAUCCAGAGGACUGUCCUGAGCCACAGCCAUAUGAUGACAGUCACGACAAUGCCACGCUGCCUCUGGAGGAUUGGAGGCGGUUAUCCUUCAAAGAGGUGAAGAGCUUUGUGCCAUUUCCACGACGGGACUCCAAGAGGCGAAACACACUGACAAUUUCUCCGUGAUUUCAUGCUUGUGAUAUCAGAAAACACUGCUACCACACACCAGCAAACGGCAGUAGGCCUAACUACACCAUGUUGCCCCUGAAACAAUCCUGUAAUACUCUGUUUUUCGAAUAGGGGAGUAUUGAACUCCAUUGUGCUGUCUGUCUCUUUUGGCCUAAUUUGUAAUUGUGAGUCAGUGUUUCAGCAAUCAGAUUGUUUCAAAUUCAACCCCAUGUCCCCACCCGUCAGUGUACUAUUAAUUUGUUCCUUCUAUGUAUCACAAUUGUUCAUGUUUUCUCAUACCUGAUGGUUAAUGGUUUUACUGUAUGAUUUUCUUUUUCUAUAUAUUGACAUAUUAAAGAUGAGUUACAUGUU